AUGUUAUUACUACCAGUUCAAAUAGUUAAACAUAGGAAAUGGGAAGUGAAUGGUACUAUUACUCCAGAUCAAUACAAUAAAUACUUUGUUGUAGAACCAAAAUUAGAUAAAUUUAUUGAUAAGAUUAAAGAUGGUGAAUAUUUACUACUAUAUGGGCCAUGUGCAUCAGGGAAGUCAACACGUAUCAUGUAUGCAAUGCAAAAAUUGCAAGAAGAGGGAUAUCAUUGUAUCUACUUGGAUUUUACAAAAACAAAUCUUAAUAAUGAUCUAAAAGCAAUGUGGAUAUCAUUUUAUCGGUUAAUGAAACCUCAAUGUCAUGCAGGAAUUGUUAAUAAUGAAUUUAAUCAGAUGUUGGAUUUUGUUGAGACAUUUUAUAAAGAGAAAUGGGAUCGCAAAGUUAUUUUAUUUUUAGAUGAAUUUGAUAGAAUUUAUCAUGCAUCUGAUGAAAUUUGUGAUGACUGUUUAAGUGCCAUUCAUUCCUUAAAAAAUGAUAAAAGGUAUCAUAUUAUGCAUUCUGUAGUAGCUGCUGGUCCCUUUAGCAUUCAAUACUUAAAUCCAAAAGGAAAUUACACAUCACCAUUCAAUGCUGUAACAAGCUUCCCAAAUCCAAACUUUACAAAAGAAGAGGUAGCAAAUCUAUAUCAGGAUUACUCAUCUUCAAUAAAUAUAAAUAUUGAUGCAUCAAUCAUUAGUGAUAUCUACAAUAAAACAAAUGGCCAUGUUGGACUUGUUUGUUUGUGUGGUCAUGCAAUUGAUGAAGAUUUGAUUUGCAACAUUGGUCAAAAUAAUAUUUUGGAUCUGGAUUCUUGGAUUGUUUAUUGUUCAAAUGAAUUACAGAAUAGAAUUAUUCAAUAUCCAACAUUCACAAAGAUGAAUGUCAUUCUAGGUGAUAUUGACCAUGCUAACUUUUUUGCUUCUGAAGGGGCCUUACAACCACAUAAAGAUCCAGAUAAAUUUAAGAUUUCUUCACCUUUAAUACGUGCAUUGAUAUUACAAUGUGUGAUUCCUUCUGUGUAUCCAGAUCAUCCUAAAGUUGAUGUACCUUAUAAAGAUGGGAUUCUUGACACUAUUAAUGUUCUGAAAGAAGCUGUUAGGGUAUUUGAUCAAGAUAUAAUUUCUUUGGGAUUUCAACGAUCAUUUAAAACAGCCAAGAAUUAUGUUGAUGACAAAAAGAAACAGCAUGUACCUUGUGAAAAAGGUGAAACUCAUCAGUACCCAGACUUUGUAAUUACAGAAAACAACAAAAAUUCUAUCAUUGUUAUAGAACUAGUGGCAACAGCUUUAGAUAAUGAUCUUAAAAAUCAUUUUAGAACAACAAUGGAAUAUACAGAAAAGCUUAAAGCAAAUGAAGCAUGGGUAGUUCAUUUUACAUGUGCAGACAAUGUUAUUGAAAAACCUACUUGCCCAAUUGAACAGGAACAAAAAGAUAAGCUUCAUAUAGUACAUUUUUGGCAUGAUAUAUCUUUCAAGAGUGUUCAAAUGACUGCCCAUUUCCCAAAUGGAGAAAUUAUUAAUGAAAUUGUAAUUGGUUAA